CCAAGACUGGGGGCAACGGAGGCCAUGACUUCUGUGACCUGCAUAUAAUUCCAGGCCUGGUUUUGAAAAAAAACGCAGGUUAAGCACGUCGUGAGUUUAUCACGGAAACCAUGAAAAAUAGUCAAGUGUAAGAGUCAAUAACCCAGGAUGUUAUAUCAAGAGGAUGUCCGUGAUAAUGAAACUGUUUUCCUAAUUUCCUCAUGUUUAAUUUGUUUCUGUUGAAUCACUUUUACUGAAUAAUAUUUGUGUAAUGUUCAUAAACAACCACCAAAUUACGAACAUGCUGCAUGCCUUUUAUAAAAUAAAUAUGUGUUCUGGAGAAAAAUAAUUUUUUGGUCAGGUUUCAUUUUGGUCAUCAUUUAUCAAAAAUCUUCUUAGGGGAAUUUACAAAUAUGCCCCACCGAUGUACAAUAAUGAUAAGGGGUUGGACACCUGUUAAACUUCCCAGGCAUUUCUCAAUUAUAACAGUUAAUCAGCAAUGAUAGGGAGUUAAACUCCCAACAACGCUGUAAUUUUGGACAUUGUAAGUUUGGGAUUUGAUGAUUGAGGAGCUUCCGUACUUGGUAGUUGGCAUUGGCGGUGUUCGGCUGAGAGAUGAGAGGGAUAUUAGUGCUGGCUUUAGCGGUUUUUGUGGCUGCAGAAACAAGAUAUGACGGGUUAGAUUCAAUAUUUUUCUUAUUUUGAUGUACGUGAACAGAGCUUGAAUACUGUUUUAAAAAAACAUGUAGAAACACCAAGAGAAAUGAGAGAAUGAAACUGACAAAAAAAAUUUGUCAAGCUUGAGUUGUAUAUUGAACAUAAAUCGGCACAUUUUCUUUCAAUGCUAAUUUUCAGCUCAAAUAAUAUUCUAUCAGGAAGGAAUUUGCCAAUAUAAAACAGGAGAUAUAUUUGAGCAUUUAAAUUGACAGUUUUUCUAUUUUGUUUUAUUUCACCCCUGUUCGCCUGUUCAUUAUUUCUCAAUUUCUCCACAAUAGUAUUUUAGCCAAAUGAUUCAUCCCCUAUUCACCUAUGCACAUAGUGACAUUGACUGCCAUAUUUGAUGAUUAAACAAUGGGAAAAGUGCACACGUGUAUGCGAGACUCACGACUCUCAGCCAACGAUAUCCAUUUGCAUGCUCACACUUCAUCAACGAUGGCAGCCAAUAACAAUCCAUCUAUUAACCAUUUGUGAAACCAAACUUGGUUGUUAUUCUCUCCCUCUGUGUAGAUUCAAGGUUCUUCGUAUUGAACCAUUGGAGAUUCUGGAUUCAACAUGGCUGAGUGACAUUGAAUCAAAGGUGGAGUUUUGGAGCAAUGUUCCCGGUCGUCCUGUUGACAUCAUGGUACCACCAGCACUAGAAGAUGAAAUCGUCUUGUUCCUCAGAUCGAAGAAGCUGGACUUCUCUUUGAUGAUUGGUGAUGUUCAGGCCGUGAUUGAUGGGCAGAGGAGCACCAUGAGGUCCAGGACAACGACCCAAGGCCUUGCGGACUUUAAAUACGAUCAAUACAACACCUACGACCAGAUCAAUCAGUGGGUGAGUGACAUGGCAGCAGAACACAGCGAUGUCGUCACCAAAUUUACAGUGACUCAGUCCUAUGAAAAACGCCUCAUUGAUGGUAUCAAGAUUUCAUCUGGUGGAAACAAUAAACCCGUCAUUUGGUUUGAGGGCGGUAUACAUGCGAGGGAAUGGAUCUCGCCAGCGACGGUCAUGCUUAUUUCGAAAUUUCUUGUGGAGGAUUUGAAAAACGGUGACCCUCAAGUGGUGAAGCUCGUGAACUAUUUUGAUUUCUACAUCGUUCCUUCUCUCAAUGUGGAUGGGUAUGCAUUUACCUGGUCAGAUGAUCGUUUGUGGCGAAAGACUCGCAGACCUAACCCUGGCUAUGGUUGUAUUGGCACAGAUCCCAAUAGAAACUGGCCCUACAUGUGGGGUGGCAGCGGUACAAGUCCAUGGCCAUGCAGCAUAACAUACCACGGUGGAAAGGCGCUCAGUGAAGUUGAGGUCAAAGGAGUGGUGGACUUUCUGACCAACCUGUCCGUUGGGAAUGAGAUCCGAAUGUUCAUCGACUGGCACAGUUACUCACAGCUCUGGAUGGCACCAUGGUCCUUCUCUUCUUCGGAGCAAAAUCCUGUUGACUGGUUAGACCAGAGCAACCUUGGCCAGGCAGCAGUUCAAGCACUCGAGGAGGUUCAUGGAACAACAUUUGUGUCAGGGAUGUCAGCCAAGCUGUUGUAUGAAGCUUCUGGUGCAAGCUGUGAUUGGGGUUAUGCAGUUCUCGGGGCCAAGUACUCCUACGUUGUGGAGCUAAGGGACAAGGGGAACUAUGGCUUCCUCCUUCCCGAAGAUCAGAUCAUGGCAUCUGGAGAGGAGGCUUAUAAGGCUACACUAGCUGCAGUAGAAUACGCCAUGAACAAUUAGGAAGAAAACUAACCAUGUUCUACAAACUUGUCAACAAUUUAGUUGAAAUCCCUCUUCAAGACUUCGAACAGCAUUCUACACACGACCAUACAAACAAAAUGUAGCUGUAGCUGGGAAAUUUGCAAAGCAGUAUUUUCUGCUUUAUGAACUGGGCGCUGUUAUGCCUGUAAUGGUCUACUGUGAAUGCUUAAUAACUACAAUUUCAUAAUAAAAUCAUGUCGAGCAUGGCUCUUUACAGGUAACAAUUAAAACAAACUAAAAAAACGGAUGUUGUUUUGUUGCCCUCAAUUGUUAUAGCAACUAAUUGGAAAUAAGUUCCCUAAUUUGUUUGAACAGAUGCAAGACCAUAGGGCAAGGUACAGGAGAGAUUAACAUGGUGGCUGCUCUGUCACACACCUACGUUUUGACAGCCCUAUGUUCUAUUGAUCACACCCCUAUGUUCCGACACACCUAUUGUAUUGUCCUAUUCCUAACCUUACAAGACUCUGGUAUUAUUGCCAAAAAUCUGGAGAGGUUAAGAAGAAUAAUCUGCGAUUUGAAUACACAAUCUGAGAAACCUUACUGUAGGAACAGAAAAGGACAUUAAAGGCAGUGGCACUGUGCACUAUUGGUAAUUAC